AUGUACAAUCCCCCGGCGUAUGCCCUUACGCCUACCGAUCAAAGAGGCCUGGUGGUGAUCACCGCUACCAUGCUCAUGUCAUGGAUGGUGAUUGUCUCCUUGAUCCGGUUGUACAUGAGACUGGCCUUGAACGGGCCUCUGGGCUGGGACGAUCUGGCAGCAUUUGUUGGAGGUCUGUUCGGAAUAGCAAAUGUGGGCGUGAUCAUGAAUGGAGUGUCCCAUGGUUUAGCCCAGUCUGCACGUUCGGCCACGGACUCUGAGUUGGUUAAUGGAGGCAAGACCUUGCUUGCUGCAGAUCUUCUGUUCAUCGCAGGUCAUUGUGGCGCCAAGCUAUCUGUGUGUCUUCUUCUCAAGCGGCUAGGUCGCGAGCCUGCUUAUUUGCUGUGGUGCAAAGGCGCUCUGCUUCUUACAACACUAUGGGCAAUCGCUUCGAUGGUUUCUGUUGGCAUAUUAAGCAAUUCUGGACGAGCAUUAAUCAUUGAGCAAAUGGAUUCAAGAGUGCAGAACAAUGCCUGGAAGGGAAUCACCGCAAUCGAUGUCAUCACAGAGACCUUGCUCGUGGGCCUCAGUAUGUAUCUGGUUUGGGGAAUUCGCAUGAAGGUCAAACAGAAGGUAGCGGUUAUCUUUGCUUUCGGGACCCGAACAACUCUAAUCAUCAUCUCCAUCGUCCGACAAAUAUACCUCAACCGCGCUUUCUCCGCCCCUGACCUCUCUCUCCGCCUCUCCGACGCGUUGGUCGCCACAGAAGUCCUUCUACACUUCAGCAUCAUGGCCGCGACAAUGCCGUGUCUAAAACCGUUUGUCGUCGCAUUCAACACCGGUUGGGGACAAGGGAUAAAGAAGAAGAACGCUGCAGGGUCAUACUAUUACGAUUCGCAUAACACUACAUCACAUGCUCAGUCGAAGCAGCCCAGAGACGAGGAUGAGCUGAAUCCGACCGUCACCGGCGCAUCUGAAGGCAGCGACAACUCCCAACAGCUCAUCAUCCGAGAAACAAGAGAGUGGACAUUACGGACGGAGUACAUCGAAAUGGACUCAUAUAGAAAAUAG